AAGUUUGGGUUUCCUGUGCUUUUUCCGACCUCAAGAAGGAACGCCUGACUGAUUGAUGACAAUAAUAUUCUCAUGUCGUAAAUCCGUGCUCAAGUACAUUGAUAUAUGCAAAUCUCGUGUCUAAAAAAGAAUUGUAAAGGAAGCCUGAGGUCAAGUUUUGAUAAUCAUGGAAUGUUGCAGUCGUGUGGCUGCUAGUGGUUGCCCUCUAUCAUCUACAUCAGCUCAAAAUGCUUGGAACUCUUGGGACCAAGAUCCCCAUAAUGCCUACAUCAAUGCUUAUUAUCAUUAUCAGGCCUACGUGUAUUACUGGAAUCUCUAUAAUUCACAUUUUGAUCAAGGGUAUAAUAGUUCUUAUUGCGAAUGUUAUGAUUAUUCAAAACAAGGAGACAGUGCUGGUUACCCAAUGGCAUUGUCUAGUUCAAGAUGUCUGCAUUGCCCUGAGGAAGGAUAUUCUCAGUUUACUGGACGUUUAAAACCUAAUGAAACUCAAACACAUUCUCAUGAAGAAAGCUAUGACAUGGACGUUGAGGAAGAAAGAGAUGGUGUUUAUGAUUGUGAUGAUGAUGAUGACGAUGAUGAUAAGCACAAUUUUGAAUUGGAUGAAAGGUUUUGCCAAUUUCUUAGACAAUCAGAAAAACACAGACAGGAAAGAGAGAAAGAAAAAAGAACCAAUGCUAAACUGGAUGAAUAUAUUGAAGCUGGUAAAUCAUACAUAAAUCCAAGUACGUUGCCUCCACAAGAGCAGCAAGGAGUCAAAAGAAGAGAGGCAAUGAAGUCCCUAUAUGGAAGCAAAGCACAAUACAUUAUGUCGUUAGAGGCAUCCUUGCAACUACACUAUGACAGGAAUUAUGAUACUAGGCAGCCAAAGUUUUGGCCCAAUAUUCCUUUAAAGUUCUAGAAAUGAUAUGUAUUGCUCUUUCCUUGUAUAUGUAUAAAAUGUAAGAAUUAUAAUUUUAAUAAAAAGCCUCAUUCGUUGAUCAA